ACGAGGUGCAACCCGAGAGGAAUAUAUUAAUACACGACAAAGCAGACCCAUUUUCCAAGUUGCAAUUCAAAACCUUAAAACGUCUCACUGGGUUGUGACAGCCCAGUUUUACGCAUACAACCUGCUGUUAUCCUUCCUGCGUCACAUCUUUUCCAAGGUUGAGAAGCAUCAACUACAGGGAUACUGUAUUCCCACCUGGGCAGCCUUCCGCAUAGCUUCACUGGCAUGGCAUCAGAAAAAACAAAUUACUCACAAGGCUAUUCAAAAGCCGCCGUCGCCAGCCAUGCCUCUCGGACAAUCGAGUCAGAUGCCAGCUUCUUGAUUCCCCACCUGCGAGCCACCGACCGUAUCCUCGACGUGGGUUGCGGCCCCGGAACCAUCACGGUGGGCUUUGGAGCCGUUGCCACAGAUGGCAGCGUCAUCGGCAUCGAUAUCUCCGAAGAGGUCCUUGGGCUAGCCCAGGAGACGCUCGAGAAAGCAAAGAAGAAAUCACAGGAGUCUUCCAGCCCCCUGGCGCCUAUCACAUUCCAGAAAGCGGACCUCCUCGCGGGGCUUCCCUUCCCCGACAACACCUUCGACGUCGUCUUCAACUCGCAGCUCUUUCCCCACCUCCCCACCCAUGACAUGAGGUUCAAAGCCAUCAGUGAGAUGCGCCGCGUGCUGAAGCCUGGCGGCAUCCAGGCCUCGCGCGACGUGGCGGAGCUCCACUUCUACCCCCGUCUCUACGACCUCGACAGGCUCUGGGCGGCCAAGACGGCAAAGGUGUACGGACACGGCGACGACGGCGCUCAUUUCCCCGGCGGCGAUAUGCCCGCACUGUUCCGCGAGGUGGGCUUCGACGCUGCCGCUGGAAAGGUCAAGGUCGGCGCCGGUACCACCGUCCACGCCGGCAGGGAGACGCGAAACUGGUAUGUGUCUACAAACCUGGAGAAGCUGGAGCCGGGAAACUCUUUCCGAGAGAGCUGGUUAGGCGUGGGAAUCACAGAUGAGGAGAUUCAGGAGGUGAGGGAUGCUCUCGAGAAAUGGGGCAAGGAUGAUGAUGCGUGGUAUGUUGCGCUUCAAGCUGAGAUACUGGGAUGGAAAUGAACAAAGUUGGUGUCCCCGAGACGCCUCCGUGGAGGACUUUAGUACUUCUGGCUUCUUCAAAAGUUUUGAUACUUCUCAUAAGUCGCUACUAAAUUUAUACAGUGGUGGCGCGAUAAUGCCCUGGUGGUUAUGAGCCAUAGUUUCGGCCUACACCAUGUGAUUGCGCGUUGUUUGCUGACGUAGUUUCUAGCCAUUCAAAACUUUGUUGUAAA